ACAUUUGCAUCAUUUACAGAAAAGGGAAACUAAAAGUGGCCAACAUUCGUGCCACUGCUAAACACCAGUCAGUUCGUAUUCAGAGACAGAGGAUCUCAGCUUCACCUCAUGAGAAGAUAUGGCCACAUCCAGUGACUUCCUGUCUGAGGACCAGUUCCAGUGCUCCAUCUGUCUGGACAUUUUCACUGAUCCUGUAUCUACGCCGUGUGGACACACCUUCUGCAAGGCCUGUCUGACCAGACACUGGGCUGGCAAGCGGGAAUGCCAGUGUCCUCUGUGCAACAACAAGUUCGACAAAGACCUCAAACUGUCUGUCAACACCACAUUCAGGGAGGUUGUGGACAACUUCAAGAAACAUCAUCCAACAGCCGACGCUACUUCCUUGUUAAAACCCUGGGAGGUGUCAUGUGACGUUUGCCCGGCGAACAAGCUCAGAGCCUCAAGAACCUGCUUGGUGUGCUUAGCCUCUUUUUGUGAAACACAUUUAGAGCCUCACCUGAGAGUGGCUGCCCUACGAAGACACAAACUCUCAAAUCCUGUUACCGACCUGGAGGAGAAAAUAUGCAGGGAACACAACCGGAUUGUGGAGUUCUUCUGCUUGAAUGAUCAGAUGCGUCUCUGUGCCUUGUGCACAGAACAUAACGAUCAUGACACAGUCAGUUUGAAUGAGGCAUAUAUAGACCAAAGAUCUCACAUCUGGAGGAGGAAAGAGAAUAUUGGACAAACAAAAAACAGAAGGAAUGGAAAGGCACAAAGUAAAAAGAAAGGCAAAAGUGGGCGAGCAGAGAAUGUGAAGGCUAAUCGAACGACAGAUGGUCAUUGUUUACCAUACCGCAGAAAUAUCCCGAGCCACUUUAAUCCAUUUAACUCUCAAAAUAAAGAUUUCUCCAUGGUAAAAGAGAUGCAUGGGUUUGAAGUCAGUGGGAUGGCUGGGUGGGAUCUAGUAGCAAUUAGAGAGUCAGAUUUUGUAAGGAUGCAGUUUUUACCGAACUGGGAUUGUCAUUGCAUAUUGAAAUUUAAAAUUCAGAGGAACACUCAAAGACUGAUGUUGUUGAUAGAUUACAGCAAUGGACUGGUGCUCUUAUUUGAUCCAGACAAUAAAAUCUUGCUUCAUCAAUUUACCGGCUAUGAAAUCCAGGAAAGCGUCUUCCCGUUCUUCAUCCGCAGCCGAUCUGACUUUGUAACAUCAUUGCAAAGUUUAAGAAGAAGAGUUGAGAACAUUUCAAGUCAUUUAGAGAUUUCAGACUGGUGUCUUUGUUUUUUUAUUAUAACACUGGUAUCUAUUUGGAUUUUACAUUCCCUUCUAAUAGGGCCAGAUUAAAACAGAUGUUCUCUGUCAUCAGGUUAUUUACUUAAGCCACCAAUAAGAAACAAACCAUAUGUUAGAUUUACAUUCUUAACGUGGUUACCUUUUUAAUAUCUUUUGUUUUGGUUGAAUUUUUGACUGCUUUUAAAUUUCUAAUUUUUUGUACUUCUGAGAGCUGAUGUUUGAUAUUGAUUGCAUAAUCAAUGGAAAGUAAUAAUAAUCCAACUUUCCAACAUACACAGAUACAGUCAAUAAAUUCGAAUAUGUCUUC